ACUUGAGCCUCGCGCGCUGCCGUCCGGCUGCCACCGGGCGAGGGGACGCGGCUGCCCCGCUCGGCCCCGGCCCGGAGAGCACCGCGCUGUGCCAGAGCGGCUCUGCCGGCGCCAUGUCUGCCCUGGCGAAGGCCUCGGGCGCGCUUAAAUCGGUGGAUUACGAAGUGUUCGGACGGGUGCAAGGUGUUUGUUUCAGGAUGUACACAGAAGAGGAAGCUAGGAAAUUAGGAGUAGUUGGCUGGGUUAAAAAUACCAGUCAAGGAACUGUAACGGGUCAAGUUCAGGGCCCAGAAGAUAAAGUAAAUGCAAUGAAAUCCUGGCUGAGUAAAGUUGGAAGCCCCAGUUCUCGCAUAGAUCGAACAAAUUUUUCCAAUGAAAAGGAGAUUCCCAAGCUUGACUUCUCAGGAUUUAGCACUAGAUACUAAUAGAAGAAAACAUCACUAAACACAAAAUGAUGAUGUUUCUGCUGCAUGAUAUUUUCUGUGCCUCCAUAAAAUGUCACAAGAGCAUUUGGAUGCUUUCUAUACUAGAGAUAAAUAUAAAUGAUCCCUGUUCACACGAAGUAAGAAUCCUUAGUUGCUGUGUUAGACAUUUUACACCAUGAAUGUCAGUAUCUAGUAUCUAAAAUGCUAGUAUCUAAUUUAUUGCAUCUUGAAAGCUAGAUAAAUGGUUAAAAGUGUCAGUGAUUAUUUGUGCACAAUGAGAAUUGUUAUAUAUAACCAUAUGGCACCUAAUCUUUACACUGUGAUUCAUAUUAUAGAUGCAAAAUAAUAAAUUUAUGGUCUACUGUUUGUAAUCUCACCAAAAAUACUUACCUACAGAGCUGGAAUACAAAGAGAUCUAUUGUAACAGCUCUGUAUUAUAGAUCAUGUUAUUUGUGAUAAUUAAGAUAUAGUGGUAAUUUAAAAUAAAUGUAUGUUGCCUCAAACUCAGAUUAUCUAACCAGUUUAAAAUUCUCUGUUAUAAUGCAGAUAAGUCUUGGGACGAGAUGAUGAAAUGUGUGGCCUCUCACCCUUUUGUCCUUGUCUACCUACAGCUUACAUCCAUACUGACUAUAAAGGAUGUUUUGAUCUUUUUGCUUGUUUGAUGUUCUUAACUGAAGUCUUCAGUUUUAGUAUUUUCCCUAUGGACAUGUAUUUGCCUCUUAGUUAACGUAUGUUGGAAACUGAUUCAACAUGAUGCACUCACAUACACCAUAUCAAGUACAUGAAAGGUCCUGAGAAACUUGAGGAAUGUGCUUGCAAUAAAUAUUGGUUAAGUCUUUGCAGUAUUGGA